CUUUCGAGUUUCGGUUCACUGCAGUCACUUGGGCUGUGGCUUGCUUUUAGUUUUAUUCGUCGUGGAUAAACCUACGGAGCUAAAUGCGAAGUUUUUGCAUUAAAAUGUGUUUCAAAUGAAUUUUGUUCAUCAAAUUGUUAAUGGAUUAUAUUAUUAGCUGUUAUGCAUUAGUAAAAAACAAUAUUACUGACGUGUUAGACUGAAGUUGACUUCUUUUGUGGUGUGCACCAAUCGUAGCGGCAGCGAGUGUUGUACAGUAUUACCCACUAUGCAACAACAAAGUGCUGUAACAAUAACAGAUGAGUUCGGUGAAUUACAUACAUGAUUACACACCGAAAAACAAGUGUCAGUGUUACGGAAUAUCAUCUACAUUAUUCAUAGACAUAGUUUUCUUGUUUACCGACCAGACAUGAAGAAACGCCAAGAAUGUGACGACAGUUAACCAAUUUUACUGGUCCAACAUAUCUAGAAACUGAAUUAGAAACAAAAAUACUGUAGACACCUUCAAGAGCGCAGGCAUCUGAAUGUAAAAAAUCUGGCAACCUUGAACACAAGAUGAGCGUGGCAUACGGCAACAUGGGGACGAUAACUCACGACGUUCUGAUGGCGUCCAUCAUGAUGACCAUGAUCGGUCUAGUCGGAGUUGUCGGUAACCUUCUGAUGCUUCGAGCCCUGAUUAUUCGUCCCAAACUACGAACAGACUUCUACACAGUAUUCGGCGGGCUGAGUAUAGCUGAUACCCUGUCCAUUCUCAUCAGUGUGCCGUAUUACGUCACUGAUAUGCAUCAACUCAGCAAUUUAAAUUCGGAGAUUUGGUGCAAAGGGAGUACGUACCUGAUGCAUAUGUGCGGCUUCGUGGCGGCUUUCUUGAUGGUCGUGCUGUCAGCUCUACGAGGAAUCCUUCUGUUGAACAGAAACACAAUCAGACAGCCCCGCGGGAUGCACUUGUUGAUUGUUAACAUCGUGUUUUACGUGGUGGCAUUAGUGUGUAGUGUUCCUACGCUCCAGUUGUAUUCAUACGAAGAAGGAUUUUGUUAUAAACAAAAGGAGGUGUACAUCCAGGAGACGUGGCUUGUUGGUUCCUUCUCGGCCUUUAUUCCAAUAUGUCUGGUGUCCAUCAUAUACAUGGUCACGUACAUCAUGGGCUUGAGGUACUGUUCCGACAGCUACUCUAGAAGGGAUAAAGAGCAGUCUAGACUAGUGACUUGUAUGUUUGUGGCCUUCGCUGUUUGCCAGCUACCUUACCGAAUCAUGGCGGUUUACUAUGCUUAUGUUGAUGACUUCUCGAAUGAUUAUGAUAACUUCGAGACAUCUAUAACCAUAAAGAACUAUCUACUGUGUCUGGUUAUGGCCGACAAAGCAAUCAGGCCUGUGCUGUACUCUAAAAUCGCGUCGGACCUCAGCGAUAGUUUUGAUGAGAUCGUCAACUGUACCUGCUGUACAUGCAGGUGUUGCUGUAAGACUUACAACAUGGUGCCCGUCAUGGAGAACUCGCUCAACUCCAACCUGGAGGCUGGCACCUCACACAGCGAGAUCUCGACCAUCGCGGGAUCCUACGAGACCAGGUCCCGGGACGCCGACAGGACCCAGUCCACGUCGUCCAGCGGCUCGGCCACGUCCCACACGCCUCUCAUACGCAAGGAGGAUGAGGUGAUUGAGUUGAGUGAGGAGUUCAGGUAGAACUGCUCCCUUCCUGUUGCAUGAAUGGGCCUCUAACAUACUCCAAAUAAACAAAAUCUUGUCCUACACCUGGUUACAAAGUAUGCUGACGAAGGUCCUAUUCCUUCUUAUAAAGUAUGCUUUGGUCCUAUAUCUGCUCACAAAGCAUGCUGACUGCGGUCUUAUAUUUGCUUACAAAGUAUGCCGACAAAGGACCUAUGACCGCUUAUAAAGUAUGCUGUCUGUGGUUCUGUAUCUGCUAUCUGAACUGCCAUGAAAUAAGAACUGCUCCUGUUUCAUGAACAUACGUGUGGUAAGAAUUUAUUUGAAAUAAUUCAAGGUGUUAGAACCUGAUCACAAUUUGACAAACAAAUGUCACCAUGAUGAAAACUUUGUGAUAAACUGCUCAUGUUAUACAUUGCUCCUGUUUUUUGAUUCAUUUGAAAUUGUAUUAUUUUAUAUUAUAUAACUAUACAGUAUUCUAGAACACAUUGAUUUGACUGAAAAAAUAGGGCUAAUAUUUUGUUUAAUAUUUUUGGCCAAAGAUUCCGUUGGCUAUCAAAGUGAGAAGUACAGUGAUUCUGGAGUACAUUGAAAUCUCAAGUUUAAAUUUGGCUUUCACAGUUAUUGAGUCACUUUUUUUUCUGGGUCUUUCAUUGUUCAUCUAAAAAAUGUAUAAAUGUAUUAUUGAAGUUUCCUUUCAAGCACCUUGGAGAAUUUCCUAUGGCUUUUUUUUUUUUUUUGGUAUCACUUUUUCAAAAAGAUAUUUGGUUUAAUAAUCAUAUGAAAUGUGUUUCAAACCAAGUAUUUUAAUGCAUAAAUUGUGUAAAAUGUGUUUCAAACCAAGUAUUUCAACGCAUAAAUUGGGUUCUAUUAUAAAUGGCAGUAAUGCAGGUGUGUAUUUGUAUAUGUUGGACAGUACUCACACAUAAUAUAGAGUUGUAUAUGUCAUGUUUUAAAUCCAUAUCUCAGGACAUCUUAUGACUGGUUGAUUCCCUAUUACAUACAAACCACAUUCAGUAAUGACCCUAUGAUAAAAAUGGACAGUAAUUGUUUAUACAUUUUUUUUACUAUCAAGCCAAUAUACAUUAGUAAAAAAUGUAAACUAUUAAGCUUAUAUAGACCUGCAUUAGCCAAAUAAAAUGUUAACUAUCAAUCUAAUCUAGACUUACAUUAGAAAAAUAUUAUGUUAACUAUCAAGCUAAUAUACAUUAGUAAAAAAUGUUCACUAUCAAGCAAAAUAAAAUGUAAACUAUUAGUAGUAUACAAGCAUGUUAGUAUAACAAAUGUUUUUUUUUUUUUAUCAGGGUGUCAUUUCCAACCAGUUUCAGCUAAAUGGCAAUAUGCUUCAAUGCUCAAAUUUGAUUCUAAAGUCAGUGUAAAUACACCAAAAUGGCAAUGGUAUCCGUUUGCUCAAUAUUUUUUCCUUCUUGUGUUUAGUUCACACAGAGACUGAAUUUGGCAGCACUUCUUUAUGCAUUUUAAAAAAGAUUUCAUAUUCUUCAGGUUAUUCUUUAAUUCAUUUUUAAUCAAAACUUUUUUUUCUGAGUGCCUAAUUAGCUCCUAAGUUUAAAGGGAUUUUAUCAGCGGCUAAUCUUACUCUAGCUUGCUAUAAAGUUUGAACCAUUACAGGUAGGUUUGCCUUAUUUAUUUUUUUGUUAUUAAAAUACACAAAAGUAAUUUUUUUAAAAGUCAAAGAUACCCAACAUUUUUUCCAAUUGAUUAUGUAUGAAGCAUUUCAAUCUAGCAGUCAUCAUUUGUUUACUAUGAAGUAGCAUUACCAUUAUAAUAAGAACUUGUAUUGUUAUAAAAUAAUUAUAAACAAUAUGUAAAGAAAUGGUUUUGGUACAUGAAGCAUGUAGCAAGCUAAGCGUGUGAUCUAAAUAAAAAAAAAACCUGUGGUUUACAGUGGAGAAAUUACUUGCCCCAUCUUUCCACAGUUUGUGGGUUGUCAGAUAAGCUAGUAUUUGUUACAUUUGAUGUUUUGUGCUGAUUCAAUUUAAAGAUGAAGAAAUGUAUCACUAGAAUAACUACAAAAAAUAUUGUAAGGCUAAACCAAUUUUUGGUUGUGGUAAAUGUCAUCCAAGUUUGUAAACUGUAACUAAGCAAGGCAUACUCAGUCAACCACAAAGAUUGUGUAAUGCUGUAUAUGAUCAUUUAAUAUAUCAUAUAACACCAGUAGGCCUAAGUAGUCAUGCGCUUGGCCAAAUUUUUUACAGUCAACUUCAGCUCCACAUUAUCAAUUUCACCCCUCCUCCAGUUUACCCCCCUCCCCCCAGCUUAAAGUUACAUACGUUAACCCCAUUAAAAAAUAUCUGGUGUUCUAAAUUUGAAUAGUCAACACACCGAGUUCAAGGUUAUCCCCUACUGGUGUUGGUUGGAUUACUCAGCUCAGCUGUGUUCGCCGGGGUCAGACUAGCUGCUACUACCACUAGACACAGGUGGCGCACAUAGGGUUUAUGCAGAAUAACAGAAAUAUUUAGCUCGUUUUUAGCUUCAUUAAUCUCUUAGUAUUUAUAUAUUACGUUGACAUAAUUUACAUACCCAUUUUAUGUAAAGGCAAUUGUGUGUGGUUAGAUGGAAAUAGAUGUCUCACAUGCAGCACACUUAAAUAAAUGCUAGAUGAAGUAGACAACCGUGAAGGUGCAUAUGACCCAACCCACCCCCUCUCCACCCCAUGCGCUGCUUGCAUCUGCUUUGUUAGACUGAUACUGAUAGAAUCAUGGCCUCGGUGCACAGUCCUGGCAAAACAGCAACGCAUUCCGCCGUGUGGCGCUGCAUAACCAUUGUCUACAUUAGGCCUACAUGCGGAACAUUUGAUGUAGAUCUAGGACUAGCCUCUUCCCGGUGUAAUAUCGUGAGACUCCGAUGCCCUAUACAUUAUUGUUGGUUGUAGGCCUACUUUUUUAUAAAAAUAUUCUGCUGAGUUUUUCAAUGUAAACUUUGGUACCUUCUCGUAAAAUUUUAAAAGCAUGAGUGAUUUUAAUGCUGGUCGACCAUGCAUAAAAAUUAUGAAACAUAAACGUAUAAAUUGUUUUUAUAAUGUUUAGCAGUUAGCUAAAGCAUUUUAACUUUAACGUCAUUUUCAAAUGAUUAUUUUUACUGUAAAACACUAGAUCGGCCAAGAUAGGCCUAAAAUUCUAAUUUUUCACGGUAUGAUAAUUUGCUCAAGAACGUUAUAAUCUGUUAUCUAUUUUUUCUAUUGUUUUAUUUUAUUUUAAUGUUUUAAAAGUAUGUUAGUACAAAUGUUAAAAAACCUAUGGCUAGCCAAUGAGACUUGUCUGAUGCAUUUCCAACCGAACAUUAAACGCUGACAUUGCGAAAUUUACAAUUGAUCGAUAUCUAACCGCAGGUACAAAAUAAUCGGAUUUUUGAGGGGUGGGGGUCUAACAAUAAAUAACGUCCCUUAAUCAAAGAAUGUUGGGAAAAUAUUUCCUAACAUUGUAAGAGUACGAAAGUUAAUUGAUUUUUACUUUAAAAAAAAAUAUCUUUGUUACAAAUACUGGCAAUUAUUACUUUCAUUGUAUGCCAUAUGUUGUUUUUAGGGAACAAUUAUCGCGUUUUUUCUUCUGCUUUAAGUUUAAUCUGGUAAAUAAACAUUUUGGGGUAAAAAAAAUCACUGCCCGAACACGUGGUCAUAGGAUAAAAUACUGUUGUCGUUUUUCUGCCUAUACACCGGGCUAUUUAUUAAAAAAAACUAAAACGAUUAAAAAUCGUAUUUAGUUGUAAAAGCGUAUAAGUUAGGGCGUUAGGGUUUGCUAUGAUAAAAAGACAGGCGAACUUGAAGCGGCCCAUGAACAGACGGCUGUUAUUUACCAGCCAGCCUGCCUUACGUGGAGCAGGCCGCGUAGCCUGCCGCCGAAUGUAGGUCUCCAGUUCAAUGGCCUGACCUCAGGCAGACACCAAGCUCGUGCUCGCUAGCCUUGCCCGCUGCUGGUGUUACAAAGU